UAAUUUCCCUAUCUUCUUCUCCAGUUUCUCUUUCAUUAGUGUCUUUGUUCUUCUGCUUCUUGGUGUUUCUUUUUUUUUUCCAAGGAAGUUAUCGAUACAGAUUGAGAGAUUACAGAUCCAUAUUGAAGAAUCAUAACCGUAAAAAUGCUGAACGCAAGAGCAAAGUUUCGACACAAAGAUCAAACAAUGUCUCAGUCUGUGGAUCCACAAUCAGAUCAGAUCGGACAUAACAACAACAACAACAACACCAAACCGAUCACUAAACCACUGGCUCUGAGUCUUUUGAUCGGUUUGAACAACAACAAGAGCAUCUCAGAUUCUGAUUUUGUCAGGAGCCCUAAAUCUCCUCUUGAAUUCAGGGUAUUGUCUACAAUGGCUGAGCCCUUCUUCCUCAGAUCAUCACUCACUACUCCUCUCAAUUGUUGUUGUGGUCCUGCUAAAGUUGGGUUAAGCAUUGUGGAUUCUCUCGGCGAUGAUCGAGUUUUGUCACCAGAUGUCGUGUUUGGACCAGCCUUGAGGAUCAAGUCUUCUGAGAUUAGGGCUAAAGAUCCCAAGUUGUUCCCAGAGCCUAAGUCCGUGAAGAUCGAAAAGGAAAGAUCUGGUGUUGUAUUCGAAAUCGGUGAGCCUGAGCCAAUCAGGUUAAGAAACCGUUCUUUUUCAGCGAAUGAUUGUCCGAGAAAAAACAGAGUUCUGUCUCCUUCCAAGUUCGGUUCAGAAGGAAACUCAGACAUUGCAUUGUCUCUAUCUGAGGAUGAGAUGGAGAUGUCAGAGGACUACACUUGUGUCAUUUCACAUGGUCCUAACCCGAAAACGACUCAUAUUUAUGGUGACCGAGUUUUAAAGUGUCACAAGUAUGUGUUGAAGAACGAGAAGCAUAUUGAAACAGAGUUAGAUUCCAUGUUCCCUUCGGAUAACUUCCUCAGCGUCUGUAACUUCUGCAACAAGAAACUUGAAGUUGGCAAAGACAUAUAUAUGUACAGAGGAGAGAAAGCAUUUUGCAGCGAAGAAUGUCGUUCGGAGGAGAUGAUGAUAGACGAGGAGGACCUGGAAGAUUCGUGCAUAGUUAUGCAUGAAUCUUUAAAGAAGCUCUUUUGAACCAGAAACAGCUAAUAAGACGAUGGCCAUGGGACGAGCUUUUAUAGGCCCGACCAUCGUCUAUUAACUACCUAUUAGACUUAUUAUAUAUGUAUUGACUAGUGUCUUGCCAAUGGUUAGGUAACAUUUUGGCACUAAUCUGGUUCAUCCGUCUACAAAGAGCUGUGUUUAUGCGCAUCUAUUAGCAGCUGCAGCAGCCACGGAUGGAUCGGCCGGCCUUCUUUUCUAUUGUAAAUUCUGUAAUGGGUUUUGUUUUGGUUUUGAUAUGGAAGUCGAAGUAUACUAAGAUCAUAAGCGAAUAAGUGUGGUAAAAGAGAGUGUUGGUUGCAUGAAAGGGACUGUGUAACCACUCCAUUUUCUUUUUUGAGUCAUGUUUUUAUGGACUUUCUAUU